AUGCUCCCGCACGGAUUCUUUUUACAUCUCCAUCGGAAAUGCACCAACAUCAACAAAGUAACCCUCGACAAUGUCACCUUCGCUUCAUCCUCCGUAUUUACUUCCUUCAUCGGAGCGUCCCCUAAAUUAAAAGCUUUGCGCUUGAAAUUGGUUUCCACGGCUGUCGACUCGGAAUCCUGGGAGGACCUUCAAGGUUAUGCUAUGACUCCUCAGGCUGCUAUCAACACCCUCGACGUCAACCUGUCUGAAGAGUCCAUGCUCAGAGUGUGCCAUGACAUUUUCGAAGAGGACGACGCACCAGUUUCCAUCGCACAACUCCAGAUCCUUCGGAUUUCCGAUAUCAAGCAGCUUAGCCAUUGGGAUUGCGUCACGGAUAUGGUGCAAAUGUCAGCAAAGACUGCAGAAUCUGCGAAUCGGUUACAUCCAGACUGGUACGUGGACAUUCAAUACUCAGACCUUGCCCAUGCAGACGUUGAAGCGCUCCCUAUUAUGCCUCUCCCUUCUCUAAAGCACCUUCACAUUCAUCUCGACGACUUUGAGGAGUAUGUCGAUAUCUUAGGAUGGUGGAUUCAAUGCUUUGAAGAUACUGCCGCCAACUCUGUACGUUUGGGGAAGAUAACUAUCACUAUCAAGGCCUACUCCCUUGAUCGGGACCGCGUAGCAGAAUCCCAACUUCCAGAUUUAAUCGCCAUGCAGGAGGAACAACGGAUCCUCGGGCAAUGGUUCCAAUACGAGGUUCCGAGUGACGAGAUUUGCCUGCCUAAGGACGAUGUUUGGUGCAACCUCGGUGCUUGUCUGCCUUUGUUAACGGACGAACUUGUUAUCAAGUUCGCUCGGGCUAGGCCUAAUGAUCCCUUUAAAAACAGGAUCGAUCAGCUGAAGGAAAUCAUUCGUGGAAGGAUGUGUCGUUUCAAGGAUGCCGGCGGGGUUUUGGUCUUUGAAGUCGAGCCUGUUUAA